AUGUGGUUCCUCUCUUUAGAAACUCUUUUUGCGUUUCUAGCGCUUAUUGGUGGCCUAGUGUACUAUGUCAUAAGGAAACAAUCCUACUGGAAGGAGCGUGGCAUACCUCAUCCAAGUCCAGCAUUCUUCCUGGGCAGCUUUAAGGAAGCCGGCAUGAAGAAACAUUUUUCGGAUUAUCUUGACGAAUAUUAUCGCGAGUACAAGGGCAAACAUCCAUUUAUGGGCGUGUACAUGCUGAUGUCACCCGUUGUGUUACCUACCGAUCUGGACCUUGUGAAAUCUAUCUUGGUGAAAGACUUCCAAUACUUCCACGAUCGUGGCACUUAUUACAAUGAAAAGCAUGACCCACUGACAACUCAUCUGUUCAAUCUGGAGGGUCAGAAGUGGAAAAAUCUUCGGAACAAGCUAACACCAACGUUUACAUCAGGCAGGAUGAAGAUGAUGUUUCCAACGAUCGUUGAAGCUGGAAAGCAGCUAAAAAGCUUUAUGGAGGAAAACGUACAACAGCAGAGUGAUCUGGAGUUGAAAGACAUUAUGGCGAGAUUUACGACGGAUGUGAUCGGAACGUGCGCGUUCGGUAUCGAGUGUAACAGUAUGCGUGAUCCAAAUGCGGAGUUCCGGGCGAUGGGCAAACUGUUUGUAGAACGUCAACCUUCGCACUUGGUAAACAUCAUAGUUCAGUUUUCUCACAAGCUCAGCCGAAAGUUAGGUGUCAGGUUCAUCGAUAAGGAAGUUUCAGAUUUCUUCCUGAAAGUGGUUAAGGACACCAUUGACUAUCGUUUGAUAAAUGGUAUAGAGCGUAAUGAUUUUAUGGACUUGAUGAUCAGGAUGCUAAGGAAUACGGACAACUCUCAGGACUCGCUCACAUUCAACGAGGUAGCUGCACAAGUGUUCGUAUUCUUCUUUGCUGGGUUUGAAACGUCCUCUACUCUGCUGGCUUGGUCCUUGUAUGAGCUGGCACUUAAUCCGGAAAUUCAGGAGAAGGGUCGUCAAUGCGUGAAGGAAGUCCUGCAGAAGCACAACGGAGAGAUGACUUACGAGGCUGUAAUGGAGAUGAAAUAUUUGGAUCAAAUCUUGAAAGAGGCCCUACGCAAGUAUCCACCACUGCCUAUACAUAUCCGCGUGGCUACCCAGGACUAUCCCGUUCCGAACACGGAUUCCGUCAUUGAAGCUGGCACUUUAGUGUUGGUUCCAGUCUUCGCGAUUCAGCGUGAUCCGGAUGUAUUUCCUGAGCCGGAGAAGUUCGACCCCGAUCGAUUCACACCGGAAGAAGAAGCAAAACGCCAUUCAUGUGCUUGGACACCAUUCGGGGAUGGUCCGAGGGUGUGCAUUGGGCUGAGGUUCGGAAUGAUGCAGGCAAGAAUUGGAUUGGCGAAUCUGUUACAGGGCUUAAGCUUUGCUCCAUGUGAAAAAACGUCAAUUCCGAUGAAGUUUGUGACCAACAAUAUUAUCCUGUCCCCGAAGGAUGGUUUGUGGUUGAAAGUGAACAAGCUUUGA